UCCCUAGCCAGCGUGGUUGAGAAACAUUGGUUGAGAGAGUUUGCAUCCAGAUUUAGCUCCAGGGGGGUGACUACAGAGAAACCAUCAGAGGAGGACAAGUAAUUUUUUUUAGGGUCUAUUCAGCAUCAGGGAGAGAACUCCAUGUUUAGAGAACUGCAAGGUAUACGCUGAGAAAGAGAGCCGUGCUUCAAUUUCCGUUUGUUGCUACAAUGGUCAGAGUGAUAAAAGAGUGUGGUUUCCUCUUCAGCAUGUGAGAGCCGAUGGGAGCCUCACGCUAGGAAAGGCAGACUUCUGACUUUGUGGGUCAGCCUCUGUCGGAAAACAUGGCCAUGUUCUGACGGUGUCCUCCGCUCGGCUUACCCCUUCCCCAGUCCAUCCCAGUAUGGAGCCUGAGAGUGAGACCCUAAUGAUGGAAAACCCCCCAGAAGACAGCAGAAACAUGGAUCUCUCCCAUAAAUUAUCUAAGAGAGAGCUCACCCUGCUGUACGAAGAGGUCCUUUACACCAUUCUCCAUCGUGUGGGCCAAGUGGAACAGAAUCAUGUUACUGAUUCAGAUGAGCUCUAUGAAUAUGUGCAAAAGGCCUUCAGUAUUGAUCCAGAAGAACAUCAAAUUAUAUUACAGAGGGUCAAAGAGCUAGCGAAGCCAAUUUUUUGUCUUAAAGCCACUGUGAAGCAAGCCAGAAAUAUUUUGGGUAAAGAUGUCAGUGGAUUAAGUGAUCCAUACUGCCUCCUAGGGAUAGAAAGAAAAAAACAGAGUUCUUUACCCCAUGCUUCUCCUCGUCAGGAGAACAAAAGGCGAUCUAAGGGUGUGGUGAAGAACCUGCUGCCAGAGGACCAGACCCAUCGCACACAAGUCAUCCAUCAGACAUUAAAUCCAGUGUGGGACGAAACCUUCAUUCUGGAGUUUGAAGAUGUAGAAAAUGCCGAAUUCCAGCUAGAUAUGUGGGAUUUUGAUGCUGUUGAACCUGUACGGCACAAACUGGAAGAACUGAGUGACCUUCGUGGCCUGAAGAGAAUUAUUAAGGACGCUCGGAAAAAUAAAGGACAGGAUGAUUUCCUGGGGAAUGUGGUCAUUCAUUUGCAGGACCUGCAUUGUCGGGAGGAUCGCUGGUACAGGCUGGAACCUCGCACUGAUACUUACCCCAACCGAGGGCAUUGCCACCUGCAGUUUUUUUUGGUACAUAAGAAGAGAGCUACUUCAGCCAGCAAGACACUGACAAGUUACAAAGUUCAUCGGCAACUUCUUCAGCAGAUUGUUUCAUAUGAGAUUCUUCAAUACCAGGCUGGCAGCACUUCCUGGGAUGGAGAGUUAAGCAAGCAUGCCGGUACUAUCCUGUAUCUACACGCAACUCAGAAAGACAUUUCAGAUUUCCACCAAGACUUGGCGAACUGGCUGGCUUACAGCAAGCUGUAUCAGUACUUGGAGUUCAACAGCAGCUGCCUGCUCCAUCAGAUUACCAGCAUAGAGUAUCAGUGGAUUCAAGGCCGAUUACGAUCUGAGCAGACAGCUGAAUUGGCAGACUCUUUCCAGUCCUUACUGAACUAUGGGAUUUCUCUUCUUCAAAGGUUCCGGAUCGUCUUUCCACUCUCCUCACCCAAAUCUACACAUAGGCUGCAGUCACUGCUCAGGGUUUUGGUCCAAAUGUGUAAAAUGAAAGCCUUCAAAGAACUUUGUACUCCAACUCCUGAUCUUGAAGAAAUGGUAAUGGAGGCACUUAAGACUGGAACAGCAGAGUGGUUUUACAUGAAGAAGCAGCACUUGAAGCCAAUGGUAAAGACAAUGGAGGAAUGUGGCAAAGCUCUAGUCUGUCUUCUUCUGGAGGUGAAUAAAGAUCUCCGGGAGUGUCACAAAACCUGGAACAAAUAUUUCAUCAGCACCAUGAGACUAGAUCUUUUCUCAAUUGCAUAUCUUAAAAUGCAGGAACUGGUUUCUUUUUAUGUCCAAGAACAGCUGAGCAAGAUUGACAGUGGCAUGUCCCAAUUAACAGCCGAGAGCCUAUUCCAACUUUAUCUCAGCAUGAAGGACUUCUAUCGCAUGAAGGAUUUUGUGUGCAGCAGGGAUACCCCUCUUGCAUUGACCGGUUUCCACCUAUGGUUUAAAGAAGCCAUCCCCUUGUGGCUACAGAAGACCUACACAAUAGCUCUAGAAAGGACCCAAAGAGCCAUCCAAGUGGACCAGUUGACACCACUGGGAGAAUUGAAUAAACACAGUACAUCCAUUGUGGACCUAUCCACUUGUUAUGCUCAGAUGAUGAAGACAUGGCAACAGCUGGAUUGGCCUGAUCCUGAGGAGGCCUUUAUGAUCAUGGUGAAAUUUGUUGAGGACACGUGUAAAAUUGCUCAGAUGUACUGUCAGAUGAUCAAAGCAAGGGCAGAGGAAUUGUCUUCCAAUCAAACUGAGGCAGGACAAGCAGCAAACAGGCUCUGUGUUGUAGUGAACAACAUUGAGCAGCUCCGGAUGAUGAUCCUGAAGUUGCCCAAACAGCUGAAUUGGGCAUACUUGGAACAGAACACCGGACCUGUCAUUACCCCAGAGCAGAUCCAGCACACGCUGCAUCAACAGCUUCAGGCUUGUGUUUCCUGCCUCAACAAUGAGAUCCGAGGAGUGGUGAAGACUCUAGCGACCAAAAUGGAUGCUAGAAUUGCCCAACACAUCCAAGAACUGUCUGUUUGCAGUGAUUCUGAUAACCCAGAGAAGUGCAUCGUGCCUUUAAUGAAAUUCUUGGAGUAUGAGUUUCAGUAUCUAAAUGUGAACCUUGUCCAGGAGAAUUUUAACAGUCUUCUGGAGCUUCUGUGGAAUCACACCUUGGACUUGCUACAAAACGCUACAAAACAACAAGUUGGAAAAUUGGACUACUUUAAGAAAUUUCAGUUUGCCCUCCAGAACUUGGAACCUUGCUUUCAUGGAGAAGGCUGUGGACUAUCCAAAGAUGCCCUUCACACACCAGCUUUUAUAGCUCUGGAGAAAGAGUUGGAUCUUUGCUCCUCUAACAGCAGAAAACUUAUUGAAAAGUAUUUCAAUGCUCGAAUCCAGCAACAGGAAGAGGCCACUCCUGAAAAAUAUGGUGCUGUGACUAUCAAAGCUUUUUACCGUCACUCAGAACAAAAACUGUACAUUGAAGUACUCAAUGCUGUUAAUCUCCUUCCCAUGGACUCGAAUGGCCUAAGUGAUCCCUUCAUCCAACUCACUCUGGAGCCACGUCAUGAGUUCCCUGAGAUUGCAGUACGGACAACUGAGUGCAUAAAGAACAAUCUCCAUCCUCUGUUUGAUGAAGCCUUUGAAUUUUUGGUUCCUCCAGAAAAAUGUCAGCAAGACGGGGCAUGUCUGCUGCUUACAGUGUUUGACUAUGACACCUUGGGAGCAAAUGACCUGGAAGGAGAAGCUUUCCUCCCACUCUGCAGGGUCUUGGGUCUGAAUGAGCCUGAAGAGUCAAUCAACCCAUCCAGAGUACCACAGAUCCGUUUAUCUUUAACUCAUCCUGGAACUGCUGGCAAUGACAUCCUGAAGCUCUUGGGGACCCGCAAAGGAGACAAGGAAGCACAGGCCUUUGUGAAGCUACGCAAACAAAGAGCGAAGUAUUCCAAGGAGCUGGCAUGAUGCAGUCAAGCAAAAUGGGUGAAAGCACAGGUUGAACCAAGGUACCACAGAAGUUCUGCUGCCAUGGCAACAGCUGAUCAUACGGGGAGAGUAGGAAGCCAUGAGGCUCUUGUUAUUCCUCCUGGUGGCUUUGAUGCAACAAACCAGACACUGGAGGCUCUUUAUCCGUGCAUACUGAAGCUGCCGGUUGUGUUUCGAUGAACAAUUGAUCAAUUUUCAUCUAAGAGACAACAAGAAGGACCCAUACCACCCACCCCACUCCCCACUCAAUAUUCUCUCUUUGCUGCAGGAAAGAACGAAAAGAAGGGGAACGUCAGAAGCUACUGCAGGCUGUUGCGAGCUGAUCUAUGCUCAUCAUUAUGUGUGCAAUGCACCUCUGCUGGGAAGAACCAGGCUGCUUGCGUAGUGAAGCUUGUUAUGAGCCUCUUGUGGACCUUCUGCAGGAAUUCUUUACUCUGUGCUCCAGAUGGCACAGGAAAGGGGCUCCCAAGGAAAAGGAAAUAAACAUUUUGGAGGAGGAAAAAAUGGGUGUGUUUUCUAGCCUGUUAGAGUCUGGGACUACCUUCUGCUUAAGCAGCUUGAUUUAAAAAAAAAAAAAAAAACUGAAAAAUUGCUAGCAACAGCUCCCAGGUCUCUUUAUAUCCAGGGCAUCGUUUUCAUAAUUGCAAAGGCAAGGUCUGAAAAACCCUUCUGGUUGAAAGCAAGGGAUGGAUUAAAAAUUAUUAUACAAUC